AUGGCUUCACGACGCAAUAAUAACAGCAGCGAAGAGUCAGCGGCUUCAGGAGCAUCUUCUAUCGCCCGAGAUGCCGAAGUGGCUCGCAGUUUUCUUGACUCCACUGAGCUCGCACUCCAGAGUGACUCGGUAAUUCUGCACAGGUCCCUCAACUUGAAAUCUGUGAUUUCAACAAUAUCUUCUUUCAGUUGCCGCUUCCAGAGUGCGCGGUUCAGAACAGAUCUCCAAGAAAUCAACCAAAUCGGUAUUGGCCUUCAAGGCGCUAUCUUUGAGAUUGUUGGAAAGCUUCCUGUGAUCAAAAAGGAAACCCCAGGAAACGAAAUGCGAUCUUCAAACCUUCGCCGCGAGUAUCAAACCCAUUGCGAUGUGUCAGCCGCUUUUCAACAGUACCAAAGCGUCACUCAGAAUGUGGUACAUGUUCCAACCCCACAUACUUUCAUCUGGAAGACUGAAGAGGAUUCAUUCUGGAAUGAAAUCAUGCCGAAAAUGCCUCAGGCCUUUCGCCAACGUGGAAAUGUCGUGACUAUGGAGCGAAUCCUUCCAUUACCGAAGGUUGUACGAAAAGCUCUUAUCACUCACGUAUAUGGUCGUGAGAGGAAUUUGAGCACCACGGACAUCGAUUCUAUUCUCCACAGUCCUGCUAACAAACACUGUCUUGCACGGGUUUAUUUAGGUAAAGCCAAUGGUUCCAUGAGUCACAAUAAAACAGAUUUACUUCGAAACAUCCCUCUCCAUCUUGGUAUCCUCAAUGAGCUCGGUAUCGAUACAUUCACGCUUGCUCUUGAAAUGGGGAAGUCAUAUGCAACCUUGCACUGGGGCGCCGCUACCAAUGGGGAUGAUGUGGAGUUUGUCCUUGGGACAUCAGUCUCCGAUGAACGGAGUGCCCACAACAACUUCCCAGAUUUUCAGCAUCGCGCCAUCGGCUUCUAUCUUUUGGAUUUCGGGCAAUGUGAGGCAGUUGAUUUGGCGAAAAACAGCGAUGAUGUGUACCAAGCUUUCAAAGGAGCUUUGGUAACCGGAGACAACCAGCUUUUUAUCCCACAUUACUCAAAAAGCCCAACAUUAUUCGCAUCUUUCAAGAAGGGGUACAUUGACGCUGGAAAUGCCAUCCUAUCGGCCAAGCACCUCACUAACAAGUUCAACAUGGUGGACUUCAUGCAGCAGUACGAGGAGUAUGCCGAAGAUUUCUUGUAUUAG